UUUCGCCUUCGCGGGAUGCCGGUGCCCGAGGAGAGAGCUGCCGCCGCCAUUGCUCAAGCAUGCGUUGCCCUGCGGCGACGCAAGGCCGUCGAGGAAGGAGCUCAUGGAUCGCUGGUCGCGGCGCUCGAUCGGGCGCUCACGAAUCAGGGCACGGAGAUCCAGGAGAAGAUGGAAUCUCUUCAGCAGGAGUUGUCCCAGAGCUACAAAACCCAGGCUCAUGUGUCGGAGCAGCUCGUCGUAGAGAUGCAAACGGCGCAAGCUCUACGAGCGCAACUGGCCGAGAAGGACGCGCUUGUUUUGGAGAUCCAACACGAGCUAAGCUCCGCGAGGGCGCGUAUAAGCCAAUUGGAGAAGGACUUUGAAGCAAAGGAGAACGCUGUUCUUGUGCUCGUCGAGGAGCUCACACAGCUAAAGCUCCGAGUGAAAGAGCUCGAAUCGAGCCUCCAAGCCAUAGAGGCUGAGAACAAUAUGCUCGUUGAUCGCUGGAUGACGCAGAAAAUGCAAGACGCUGAUCGACUUAAUGAGGCUAACGCCAUGUAUGCUGACAUGAUGGAACGCUGCAAGAUCAACAGCCUUGCCGAGCUAGCGAAGCUCCAAGUCGACGGCAUUGUAAGGCACUCGGAAGCUGGCGCCGAGAGCUACAUGACGCUGGGCGCGCCGAGCAAAGUCCGCCACACACUUCGUGCUCACGACAAGGGAGGCUGCGCCGCCAUCAUCUUCGAGCACAGCAGCGACACCCUCCUCACAGCCGGGCACGACGGCAUCGUAAAGUUCUGGGACACUCAGCGCGGAGGAACUCCCACGAAAACUCUCACCGGCGCUCUCGGCUCACUACUGGACUUGGCACUCACCCCGGAGAACAACAUGGUUCUCGGCGGCUGCAGCGAUCACAAGCUCUACCUCUGGGACUCCCGCUCCGGCCGAGUGAAGCACGUCCUCACAGGCCACACCGAGAAAGUCACCUCCGUGGACAUCAGCAACGCGAGAGCCGCGAGCACGGCCUCGGACAGGACCAUCAAGACUUGGGACCUCCAAACGGGCUACAGCCUCCACACGAUGAUCUUCCACAGCAACUGCAACUCUCUCUGCAUCUCCUCCGACGGCUCAGCGAUUUGCUCCGGCCACACGGACGGGAUCUUGCGCUUCUGGGACACCCGAACAGGGAAGCUGGCCAAGGAGCUCACGGCUCACGAGCCACAGGCCAUAACUUCGGUGUCGCUGUCCCGGAGUGGCUUGACGGUGCUCACCAGCGGCAAGGACAACGUCCUCAAGCUCUUCGACGUGAGGAGCUUGGAGCUCAAGGCGACUUUCAGGGGGCCGGGCUACACGGUGGCGACGAGCUUGAGCCGAUCGUGCUUGAGCCGGGACGAGAACUAUGUGGCGGCGGGCUCCGGCGAUGGAAGCGUUUGUAUCUGGAAUCGCCGCUCCUGGGAGGUGGAGAGCGUGCUCAAAGGCGGGCAUGGGAGCGCGGUGGUGGCGUGUGCUUGGAGCCCAGCCAGUAAGUCACUGGCCUCGGCCGAUAGAAAUGGUGUGGUGUGUGUGUGGGAGUGAAAAUGUGGUAGCCGGGAAGGGGAUAUUCCUGCGCCGCUGGUGGAAUAUGCGAAUUCACGAGUCCAUUUCUAACUAGUAGGAAUGCGUUAGCGGC